AUUUGCAUGUGCUGAGUGUCUAUCUCCACGUUCAAUUAAGAGUUUUAGUCCCGGACUCCUACUUUGUUUUGGCUUUGGGGCUGCGUGAUGAACGCUCUUGGCGGCCACGGGCUGAUGUAAUUUGCAUGUCUUGGACCACCACAUCCACUCUCCCCGUCUUCUCUCUCUCAAGUCAACUCUAUCUCUGCUUCCAUCAUCCACUUCUCUCUUCGCUUGCUUGUUGUUGUCCCAUCUCUCCGACCCGAUACUAUGCAUUCUGCCUCAUACCACCAAGCCACCGCUCACCCUCCUUUGGUUUAGGACCAUCCUGUCUAACGAUGUGUCUGUCUCGGCAACAGCCACUCUAAUUCUUGAGCGCAUGGCCACAUUUGCCUCUUGUGGUCUUCUAUUCUACAUCCCAGAGGCCGUUAUUUCUAUCCCUACUCAAUCCACUAACUGACGAUUUGCACGGCCACAUCGGAAUAUUAUUCUUUACUUGAUCCUUAUUGUUAUCUUGAGUCUCCCUUACUUCUCUCCAUUAGCGUCACUUCGAAUCUUGCUCUCAUCCCCCUUCUUGCAAGGACCUACGAGCUGCGUGUGCUCACCUCCGCAUCGUCCUCUUGCCCCGGCUAUCUACGCUUCGGUCCGAUCUGCCAUGGGUAACUCACAGACCAAAGAGACGCGAUCGUCUCUCUCCCAGUCGAGUCGCAGACACCAUCCAUCGGCACAUUCUAGCAGUCGCGGGAGGUCUCCAUAUGGCGGUCGUUACGGAGACAGCGGAAAUGGACCGGAUCUCUCCUUUCUCGGAAUAGGCGGAAGUUCUGACAGACAUGCUGCGACACUUGAACAUCGCCGAGAAACGAAACAGGAACGAGAGGCACGCCGAUUGGAAAAGGAACGAGUGGCUCGAGUUAAGGAGCGGGAGCGUAGUAUGAAGGAGGAACACGUCGAUGGAGGCUAUCUGGUUACACAAGGUGUCUACGUUGGAACAGAGGAUUUUAAUAAAGCUGUGGUUCGACGAUUGAUGAUCGAAAGGCGUCUGGCCCCUUUUUGGAGAGGCCUCAAUGAUUUCUCUGAGUCUUGGAUUGAACACCAACUCGUCGCUGCCGCACGAGGCUUGCCGAUCCCACCGCCGGAUGAAGUCCCUCCUGAACUGGAAUGCAAGUUCCCAAACGCCGGGGGCCGGGCUGAGCAAUUGGAACGUUGUACCCUGCCGAUUACUUCGCGGUCCCGCUCUUAUAACUCUGAUGGUUCCCAAUCACCGGCCGCGACCCAGCCUGUCUCUGGUACUUCAAGUACUCAGUUUAGGAGCCGAGCGAAGACACUCGCAUCUCUGACUACGUCUCUAAAAUCUGGUUCUCAAGUCGACUUGGCCCCUCGCGAAAUACAACUCCCACGUGAUCCAUUCGUUAAUGGACAGCCUAUUGAGGCGUAUCUUUACAAGAAUGCGGUUGAGUGCCCAAUUUGCUUUCUUUACUACCCUCCCUAUUUGAACCGUACAAGAUGCUGCGACCAACCCAUCUGUUCGGAAUGUUUUGUGCAAAUAAAACGCCCCGACCCUCAUCCUCCGGAGCAUGGGGAAACGGACCGUAAUUCGGGCGCUGAGGGUGAUAAUUCAGGCUCUUCAGAUUGCCAGCUUGUGUCGGAACCAUCUGCCUGUCCGUUCUGCGUGCAACCUGAAUUUGGAGUAACUUACACACCCCCUCCUUUCCGCAGAGGCCUUGCCCACGCUCUCGACCCAAACGCCAGACUAGCUAUGAAUGCCACGUCUUCAGCGUCGUCCACUUCAUCUCUCCCACCUGGAGAUGCUCUUCCCACUACGGGACGUCGACGCGGCGCUUCACUUUCCGCCAAUGAUCCUGCGGUGGUCACGACUGAUAAGAUUCGUCCAGAUUGGGCGCAGAAACUAUCUAACGCGCGAGCACAGGCCUCUCGGAGAGCAGCAGCAGCAACCGCUCUUCAUACGGCAGCAUACCUGAUGAAUUCGAAUGGUAGUGAUUCUCGUUUUGGUCUAGGGAGAAGGAGCGGCGCGAGAAGAACAGGCCGGGCCGAUGGUCAGGGAAGCGCUGGUCGUUCCGGCUCUCCAGCGCUUAAUGCGCUAGCAUUUUUGACCGAAAGACGCCACGAAGCCGACUACCCGGAAGAAGAAUCUGGGAGCUUAGCUCCACCGCGUGGCAGCUCAAGGCGUACUCGGAUAGAUGACUUGGAAGAAAUGAUGAUGAUGGAGGCAGUAAGACUGAGCUUAGCCAGUGAGGAAGAACGGCGUAAGAGGGUAGAGAAAGAGGCAAGGAAGGAUGCUAAGAAGAGGGAAAAGGACGCCAAGAAAGCGGACAAAGUCUCUCGCAGAAACGGGUUGCUCAAUAAUAACGCUGGUGGCUCAGCUUCCGACGCGUCGGCUGGGAGCGGACUGAAAGAGGUGGCAAGCAGUUCUUCGUCCGUCCUUGGUGAUGAAACUACAUCUGCAGAGAAGGGGAAGGGAGUGGAUCGCGUGUCACCGUCAGCGACGACAACUGCUGUCGAUCAGAGUCCUGCAGCCACGUCUUCUAAUACAGCAAAACCAGUUGAGACCGUACCCAUCAAUACGGCAGAGCGAAGUUCGCCUUCGGAUUCCGGCACUCAACCAUCCCCUGCUGAGCCCUCUAAGCAAUCGUGUUUGCGGAAUGUCUCAAGUGCGUCUUCGUCGUUCUCGUCGCUCGUGGAACAAAACGCAGACGAGCGCGUCAGUCCGUAUUCGUCAGCGGAUGGAAGCAGUGCGUCUCUCGAGCCAAUGUUCAACUUCCGGAGCCUGGCAGCUAUGAUUGGAGAUGAAGAUAAACCGACAGAAUCUGCGGAACACACUGAGGAGAUAGCUUCGAAGCCGGAAGUCGGAAGCUCUGCAAGUAGCUUUCCUUCUGACAACCAGAGUCCUCCCAGACUGCCGCAGCUCGAGCUCGAGCAUAUCACGCCGUUGCAAGAAUCAAUGGUCUCUCAAGAGAAUCGAGAAUGUCUCAUACCCAAGGAGCUUGAGACUAGCUCGAUAGAGAUAACGAAUGCCACGCCGAAUGCGGAAGCUACAUCUUGAAGGCUCUUAGUCUAGGGCGGUUCUCUUUUUUCCUUCAUUUUUUGUCCUUCACACGUGUUUUGUGUCUCUUUUCUUUCUCUACAGUCCUAUCUUCAGCUACAAGUAUUCGGCGUCAAGCAGUGUGGGAAUGGGACUCGCUGGCGCAUCAGGUUCUUUCUUUUGGUUAAAAGCGACCACGGCAUUGUCUUUUUUUUUUCUUUUUCACUCAUUCACUCAUUCAUGUCGCAGGCCUGGCCUUUCUUUUUCUCGGAUAGAGUGCUUCUUUUUUGUUCUUUGACGAUGAGAUCGCAUAUUCUUACUGUCCCGGUUUCUCAACCUCCCUGGGAAUUUUACCAACAGUGUAUUCUGGUGAAUUUGGACAGUUUAGUGCUAUACGACCGUAUAUCAAAAAUGUCUUGUAUUAAAUGGCGUUUGAUGUACAGCGUAGAUGGGCUGGAGACGCGACAGCCGAGAUAGGACGCGUAUUAUUAUUCGUUUAGUUAUGCUACACGGAGUAGACUCCGUAUUUAAUAUACGGAGAUGAUGAGCUGAG